UGUAACACCAUUAAGUUGUUACUACCUCAGGCACUAAACGCAGCGAAACUGAACAAAACACAAUAAGUUGUUUGUUUAUGUGAGACACAGUGCGUCAUGUAUCGUUUGGGAAACUGAGGUUGGAAGAAGCAACGGAAGACGCGUGCCAGUAGUCGCUCAAUACACUACCGUUAGCAGAAUAUAUAUAUAUAUAUAUAUUUGUAUUACUGUAAGGGGGGCUAGGGGAUUGUGCUGGGUAAAUACAAACAAACAACACUCACAUAUUUACUUAACAUUGUUGUGUUCCUGACUAAGGUAGCAAAAAUGUGGUGGCAAUGUUUUUUCACCAUUCUCUUUUCGGUGGCAGCAUUUUGCUUGGACAAGCCGUUUGGUGAAGGGGAGUGCUGAGGGGACUGAAGCAUGGCAUGCAGUAGCAAAGAUGGUUUCUGCCAUCAAGGAGAAAGCGAGCCUGAUGUCCUUUGCUGCUUCCCUUGCAGCUACUCUUUCUUACUUUCUCUGCAUGACAGUUGGAGCAGAACCGUCUGGCGGGAACAAAAAGGACGAGAAAUUAUAUCCAGAAAAUUUUACGCACAUCUUGGACAGCCUCUUGGAUGGUUAUGACAACAGGCUGCGACCCGGAUUUGGGGGUCCAGUUACAGAAGUCAAAACAGACAUAUAUGUGACAAGUUUUGGACCUGUUUCUGAUGUGGAAAUGGAAUAUACCAUGGAUGUCUUUUUUCGUCAGACAUGGGUAGACAAACGAUUGAAGUAUGAAGGACCAGUUGAGAUUUUACGGCUUAACAACUUGAUGGUAACCAAAGUUUGGACCCCUGAUACCUUUUUUCGGAAUGGAAAAAAGUCAGUGUCCCAUACUAUGACAGCUCCAAACAAACUCUUCAGAAUCAUGAGGAAUGGCACCAUUUUAUAUACUAUGAGACUUACCAUAAUUGCAGAAUGUCCUAUGAGACUGGUGAACUUUCCAAUGGAUGGCCAUGCGUGCCCUCUAAAAUUUGGAAGCUAUGCAUAUCCAAAAACAGAGAUAAUGUAUUCCUGGACAAAAGGACCAGAUCAGUCAGUAGAAGUUCCAGAAGAGUCUUCCAGUUUAGUCCAGUAUGAUUUGGUUGGACAAACUGUGUCUAGUGAAACUGUGAAAUCCAUUACAGGAGAAUACAUUGUAAUGACUGUCUACUUCCACUUAAAAAGGAAAAUGGGUUAUUUUGUCAUUCAAACAUAUAUACCCUGUAUUAUGACAGUGAUGCUGUCUCAAGUGUCCUUUUGGAUUAACAAAGAAUCUGUUCCAGCAAGAACGGUAUUUGGAAUAACAACAGUUCUGACUAUGACAACUCUCAGCAUUAGUGCACGUCAUUCAUUGCCGAAAGUCUCCUAUGCAACUGCCAUGGAUUGGUUCAUUGCAGUCUGCUUUGCUUUUGUGUUUUCUGCUCUUAUUGAGUUUGCUGCUGUGAACUACUUCACAAACACUAUUGUUAUCAAAGGCAAAAUGAAUGCAAGUAACGUCUGUUCACAACCCCAGUCUAGUUCAGCACAAAAAUUAAAAGAUGAUGAGGAAACCAUCCAGAAGGUAGAUACAAACUCUAACUUAAGGAAGAGAGUGAAUUGUGCAGUACAACCAGACAGUCUCAAGGGAAUGAAAGUUCAACAAAGGAGUAACAAUGAUGCGACUACCAAGGCUUCUGUAGCUGGACAGAUGCAUUCUGCUGUUGCCAUACAAAACACUUCCAAGUCAGAUGCCAACCCUUUCAGCUCAUUCGGCAACAGUAAUCAGGAAACAUGUACACCUUCUGUCCCACCCUCUAUGCCAACCCUGGAUAAUCAGGAUCCUGAACAUUCAAAGACUGGUAUCACCAAUCUACAUCAUUUGCUUGGUGCUAAACUUCAACACAUUCAAGCUGUAAGUAGCAGUUCAGAACAAUCGGCAGAGAUUUCUUCCACAUCUAGUGUACCUCCUGUCAAACCACUGCCUGCCUCCUCAAAUUCAGGGACAAGUAUAAUUGACAAGUAUGCACGUAUUCUCUUCCCAGCUAUAUUUGGGGUAUUUAAUAUGCUCUACUGGAUAGUCUAUCUCUCCAAAAACACUAUGGAGAAAAAAAUUGAUCCUGGGUAAAUCACUCUGUUUUGUAUGUAGGUUACUGGUAUACAAAGUAGCACACUGAUAACAUUUUUUUUCUCUUUUAAAUGUCAUUAUUUUUUAGAUAAAAGUGGAUUUUCCCUACUUUUAUGUGUGAUUAUAAACUUGGCUCUCAGUUAAUAUGUUGAGUAAAACUACCCUAGUACUGGGAGAUAGCUAUUGGUUCUAUUCUUUCUUACUGCUACAGGUGUGUACACUUUCCUGCUGUUGUAUUGGAGAACAGUACUAGUAGUCUGUAGAAAUUGGUCUAUGCCUGCUUGUGCAGUCCUUUUAGUUUAACCUUCAGCUUCCAGCAAGAGAUAUAAUUAAUGCAGACAAAUAUAAAGUAAGAAUGUUACUGUUCUGGGUAGUCCUCCAUUUCCAGGCAUUGGACUAGUGAUGUUGUCUUCCAUGUUGCUAUUUUGACAUUUUAUUUAUUUAUUUGUUUGUUUACAUACUUAUUCAGUUAGUUAUUCAUUCUUUUGAUAACCUUGUGGAUCGGCUUGACAAAUGACCCCAUUCAAUCAUGGUAGUGCAUUUUAGUUAGUACAUAUUAGAUUAAAAAUAGUGGAAUAGCAUUUUAUUAUGAAAUUCCUAUUGGAUUUGACACAAAGCUAAAUGCAUUUUAAUCUUUGGUCUUUUUGUGCUUCUACUAUUGAGAAAUGUAUUCAGCAUUGUAAUAAAAAGAAAUAAUGGAGCAUAAGCAUCUUAUUACUUAGGACAACUUAUUUUUAUUUGAAACAAAACUGAUAAACUUGGAAUGUACUAGUGAAAGCAGUAAAGUGUUAUUUGUGAGAUUAUCAGUGUAAUUGGUUAAUCCAUUUCACAUGUCAGGAAUAAAUAACUUUAAAUGAGGUAUAUAGAUUCAUUGAGAUUGACUUCAGAUGUGGCCUUGAACAACUGUUUUCAGUUUAGCUUCAAAUCAGAACUUUUCCCCAGUACAUGUAUUAUAUUUGUUUUUGCAAUUGAUGAGCUUCUCACAUAGAAGCAAGCCACGUGGUUCUGACACUUCUGUUAUGAAACUGUAUGGCACAAAUGCCCAGACCACAAAUGCACAAUCACAAAAAUAUUAAAGGUGGAUGACACUGAAAUAAAUAGAAAACUCAAAACAA